GAGCGCACCUCUGGCCCCCCCGUGUGGGGCUCUUCAGUAAUUGCACCCUGGUGGUCCGUCGCAGCAAUAUUACGCAGAGUGACACAUCAUCAACACCAGACGCACAGCCGUAGGAAACCAACAGCAAACAUGCUUUUCUACUCGUUCUUCAAGUCGCUGGUGGGGAAGGAUGUGGUGGUGGAGCUCAAAAACGACUUGAGCAUCUGCGGAACACUUCAUUCUGUUGACCAGUACCUGAACAUUAAGCUCACAGACAUCAGUGUCACUGAUCCAGAGAAAUAUCCACACAUGCUGUCUGUGAAAAACUGUUUUAUCCGUGGAUCUGUGGUCCGGUACGUUCAGCUGCCUGCAGAUGAAGUGGACACGCAGCUCCUGCAAGACGCUGCACGGAAAGAAGCCAUGCAGCAGAAGCAGUGAUUGACCUGAAGCAUGGGGUUGGGUCUGGGGUAGGUGGGGGGGGAGAGACGGUGAAUAAUGAGUAGUUUUGAGUUUAAAGAAGAUCCAGUUUGUGCAGCUCUUGUAAUUAGGCAGUAUUGGUCAUUUUUCUGUACUUUCACAGAAAACUUAAUUGCAUUCCUGACGUUAGUGAUCAAUCAUUUGCAAAACAGUAAUUAUUGGAAAUGUUCUUGACCUCACAGGCCAAUCAGGAGGCUUCAUUUGAUACUGUCUUUUGUUUUGCUUAAAAGAAAUGGAACUGAAUUCAAGUUUGAGCCCAGUAGAGGUAAAGAUCUGUUGUAGUUUUUCUGUUGCAUAAUACAAGCACUCUUGCUUAUCUUUAAAAGAGUAUGACUUUUUUUUUUAUACCACUUCAAAAAUAAAAAGCUAUUUUAUUACA